AUCACAUCUCCGAUACCAAAUCACGGCCAGCCAGAGGUAGUUAUGGCCCCGCCGCCGUCUGAUCCGAGCCCCGACGACGUCGUCAGAAGGCAACAGAGAGGUCCUCAGUUCAAAAUUCUAAUUCCUCUGAUCUACGCCCCUGUUCUUCCUCUCAUUCGGAUUUCACUCCGGCAUAAACCGGUUUUGAGGGAUCGAUUGUUCACCGUAGCCUUGGCAGGAGCUUUCGCGCAUGGAUUGUACUUGGUAACUGAUAUAUUGACGCAGAAAGCAAGUGACUUGGUGGAACAAGGAUGGAAGUGUUUGGAUGAUGGAUUGCCUAGAUGCCUGCAUUUCACUUCAUUUUUUGGGAAUUCUUCAUGAUAUUUUUGUCAAAAUUGGAGCUUCAAGUGUGUCUAGAUAUCCAUAUUAUCCUUAGUUUGAGUAUUUUGAAGGAAGAUCAAUAAUAUGCACAACUAAUGUACCAACAUCUGUGAGAGAUUUAGAAUUUCGCAGGAAUAAUAGGCUGAAGUUAUCACAUUUGUAAUUGGUGCUGCCUUUUUGAGCAGUAUGGUAAAUUGACAACUUAGCUUCAACAUUUUGUGUGAUUGAAAAUGCAUUUUUGAGCUGAUUGUGUUUGUGUU